AAUUUGAUUUCCUCAACAUGACCGGCGAUAACAAUAAGAAGAAGAAGAUCGCCAUUAUCGCCGUCUCCUCCUUGUUUCUAGUAGCCAUGGUGAUCGCCGUCACGGUCGGGGUCACCACGUCACGGAGCAAAGGAGGUUCGAAAUCCAACGAUGGCCAGACCACCACGUCGACAAAGGCGAUUCAGGCCAUUUGCCAGCCGACGGAUUACAAGGAAACCUGCCAGAAGAGCCUGGAAUCUGCUGGGGUUAACAGCACCGAACCAAAAGAGCUUAUCAAGGCCGGGUUCAAGGUCGCCAUGGACAAACUCCACGAGGUCAUAAAAAACUCAACUACAUUGCAAGAGCUUGCCAAGGACCCCGGCGCAAACCAAGCCCUUGAGAAUUGCAAGGAGCUCUUGGACUACGCCAUUGGCGACCUCGCUGCUUCUUUCGACAAGCUGGGUCCUUUUGAUAUCUCCAAGAUCGACGCUUACGCUGAAGAUCUCAAGAUCUGGCUCAGCGCCGCCAUGACUUACGAGCAGACUUGCUUGGACGGGUUUCAGAACACAACAGGCGACGCCGGUGAGAAGAUGAAGCGUUUGUUGAACUCCACGCAGGAACUCACCAGCAAUGGGCUUGCCAUGGUGUCCGAAAUCACUAGUGUGUUGGGCAGCUUCAAUGUGAAACAAAGCCAACGUCGUUUGCUGGCGGCCGGGGCCGGGGGCGACACAAAGAAGAACACUCCGAAGAUUAUUCCUGUGUGGAUCGACAAGCGCGCGAUGGACGUGUCAAGGGCGACCCCGCAGUCGCUUAAGCCGGACGUGACGGUGGCGAAGGACGGGAGCGGGCAGGUCAAGAGUAUUGGGGAAGCUGUGAAGCAAAUACCCAAGAACAACGCCGAUAAGACGUUUGUGAUUUAUGUGAAGGAGGGAGUGUACAAUGAGCAUGUCAUGAUUGACAAGUUUAUGACAAAUGUCAUGAUGAUUGGGGAUGGCCCAACUAAGACCAAGAUCACCGGUAACAAAAACUACGCUGACGGAACGAAAACUUUUCAGACUGCAACAGUUGCUGUAGUUGGGGACUAUUUCGUUGCCAAGGACAUCGGGUUUGAGAACUCAGCAGGAGCCAAAGGGCACCAAGCCGUGGCUCUGCGGGUGCAAUCCGACUUGUCCAUCUUCUACAACUGCCAAAUGGACGGCUACCAAGACACCCUCUACACCCAAACCCACCGGCAAUUCUACCGCGACUGCACCAUCAGCGGCACCAUCGACUUCAUCUUCGGCGAUGCGGCUGUGGUGUUCCAAAACUGCAAGAUGAUAGUGAGGAAGCCGAUGGACAACCAGGCUUGCAUGGUGACAGCCCAAGGAAGGAUGGACAGGCGCCAGCCCACGGCCAUGGUCCUCCAAAACUGCACCAUCUCCGGGGAUCCGGAGUACAUUCCUGUCAAAGACAAGAGCAAGGCGUACCUGGGCAGGCCGUGGAAGGCCCUCGCCAGGACCAUCGUCAUGCAAUCGCAGAUUGAUGACAUCAUCACUCCGGAAGGGUGGAUGGAGUGGACAGGCUCGACGAAUCACAAAAGUUGCUGGUUUGGUGAGUACGGCAACAGAGGGCCCGGCUCGGACAUGACACGGAGGGUCACAUGGUCAGGCAUCAAGAAGCUUACUCCUGAACACGCCGUGGAUUUCACCGCCGGUAGGCUCAUGGAGGGUGAUAGGUGGAUAAAGCCCAGCGGAGUGCCUUACGUUGCUGGCAUGGUUUCCGUUUAGGCAUUUUGACAAACAGUUACUGGCCUCUUCUAUAUUUUUAAUACUUCAACGUUGGGGCCCUUAUACGUUUAAUUGUGUGUAUGAAAGAGUUUUCUUGUAUGUAAACUAG